CCCUUUUUCUCUUCUUUGAUUUUUCGAAUUCCGUGUCAAGCAAGCAUCCAUACCACACACCACACAUGUACAUUUCUUUACUCCUCGCUCAAACCAAAUCCCAAAAUCCCAUCCAAUUAUUUUCUUUCUUUAAAACUUUGCUUGCCUUCUAAUCUAACUUCAUUUUCAAGCUUUCUGUCAAACCCACCAUUAUAACUUAUCUUUUUUUACUUUGUACUCAUCUGGGAUUUAAUUUAUGUGUUGAGUUUUGAGUCUGAUAUUUUUUUGUGGGAGCACCAAACUCCCUAAAAUUUUUGGUGUUCAUCCUUUCCUUUCGAGGGGAAUUAUAUCUGGAAUUUUAGAUGGGACAAGAGGUGGUGGCAGCGGGGGUGGGUGCAACACCGGCGAAGACGGUGGCGCCACCGCCAACGCCAACUUCUUUGGCACCGGGAUUCAGGUUUCAUCCGACGGACGAGGAGUUGGUGAGGUACUAUCUGAGGAGGAAGGCAUGUAGGAAGCCCUUUCGAUUUCAAGCUGUUACUGAAAUUGAUGUCUACAAAUCUGAGCCAUGGGAGCUUGCUGGUACUUAUAUUCAAUAUGCAUCCCUGAAGACCAGAGAUCUAGAAUGGUACUUUUUCAGCCCUGUGGACAGAAAAUAUGGUAAUGGAUCUCGGCUGAAUCGUGCCACUGGCAAAGGGUAUUGGAAAGCAACUGGAAAGGAUCGUCCUGUGCGCCAUAAAAACCAAACCAUUGGAAUGAAGAAAACCCUUGUUUUCCACAGCGGACGAGCUCCUGAUGGCAAGAGAACAAAUUGGGUAAUGCAUGAAUACAGGCUUUGUGAUGAAGAAUUAGAAAGGGCUAGAGUAGCACAGGAUGCAUUUGUGCUCUGUAGAAUCUUUCAGAAGAGUGGUUUAGGACCGCCAAAUGGGGACAGAUAUGCCCCUUUUGUUGAGGAGGAAUGGGAUGAUGAUGCAGCUCUUGUGGUUCCUGGCAUAGAGGUUGAAGAUGAUAUGCCGAAUGGUGAUGAAGCACGAGUCGAGGUCAAUCACCUGAACCAGGAUUCUCAUCCUCUCAGCAUGGCUCCUCCCCAAGUCGAAAAUCAAAUUGAGCUGCAGUCUCUCCCAUUUGCUUGCAAGAGGGAAAUAUCUGAAGAAGAUCCUGAACUUUCUUUAUCCCAAAGCAAAAAAUUGAAGCAUGAUGAUCCUCACUCAAGUCAUGCUAAUGGAUCCGAAGAUUCAACGACGACAAGCCAUGAUCCCUCAAAAAUGAUGAUGACGACAAUUCCUUUAUUAGAACCUGUAGAACCCAAAGAAAAUAAUCCAGUCAACUCGCUUACCUUCGAUUCUUCUAACCUCGAGAAAUCUGUGCCUCCAGGUUAUUUGAAAUUUAUUAACAAUUUGGAGAACGGAAUCUUGAAUGUCUCCAUGGAGAGGGAGACGCUGAAAAUCGAAGUGAUGAGGGCCCAAGCAGUGAUCAACGUUCUUCAAUCCCGUAUCGAGAUUUUAACUAAAGAAAACGAGGACUUAAGACGACAUCAUGUGCAGGAGGGCUAGAUAAAUGUGGCACCUGUGUAUUCUAGUUUUGCAGUUUUGCUUGCUCAAUCCCCUUGUACUGAACUGAUAGCAUCUUGGAUCGAAUCUCAGAACAGGGUAAGAUCGAGUAAUGGCAUCUCGAGACAUAUAGCUGUUUAUUAUGGAAUAUUUAGUAGUUGUUUAAUGUAGUUUUAACGAAUGCAUCCGUCGAAAAUGCUUGUCUCAAUCGAACUCUUUCGAAUAAAGUUGAGACUGUACACUUUUGGUGUUUUUAUUUAUGUAAUUGACUGCUUGCUUCA